UGAGUAGUCGGUAAUAAUCUCAUGUUUAACGGUAAUUGGGGACUAAAGCCACCAAUGAAAGACCCACUCUCACGAGCAGAAUGAAUAGCUCACAUUUCCACUCGAAGCCACCACUGUCCCCUCUCACCGAAGCCACCACCGUCCCCUCUCUCACCGAAGCCACCACCGUCCCCUGAAACCUGUUCGUGUGAAGGCGAGAACGACAAGGAGAUCGCACGAAGGUUCUCUCCCUUUCUCGAUCUGGAAUCUCCACUCGAAGCUUUGAUUCUCUCCACAACAUUGAUAGGCUGUGAUUUUUCUUCUCAUUCUGAGCUAGGGUUUUGAGUUUUGAACUGAAUCUGAAACAGUGUGAAGUGAAGCUGUGGGAUUAUAUGUUCAAGCUAUGUUGAUCAACGAUUUGGGGAUUAUCGGUCCUUAAUGAUAAAGGCUAUGAUGAGGCCACUACAUACUUGUGGUCUUGUAGGGUGAUUCUCUUUGUAUUGGUUGCAGGUUAGUUGUCUAAUCUUUGUAAAUGGAAUUGUCUUGCAGAUAAUGAUUAAUGUGAGUACUGACCUUAUAGUGUAAGCUACUGCUUAAUCAUGGUUGCAACUCUGAUAAAUUAUGUAUGAUGUAUGUUCAACCUCAGUUCUUGCUUCUUACUAUGCAUGUUCUUUCGAAUGCUUUGUAGCAAAGUGCUUAAAAUGAAAGAGUUAUAGUUACUUGAAGAAAAAAUUGCAAUAACAUUAUGCAGUUUGGAGAAAGUUUUCCUCCCAUCAUUUUUUACAGUCAUGGUACAUUUGGUUUUCCACCUAGCAACUGAGGCUAAAACUGCAGGGCCGGUACAUUAUCGUUGGAUGUACCCUAUUGAGAGGUACUUAGGUACUUUAAAAUCAUGGAUUGGUAAUCGUGCAUGCCUAGAAGGUUCAAUAGCAGAAGGAUAUCUUGCAAAUGAGUGUGUGACAUUUUGCUCUUGUUAUAUGGAAGGUGGACAUUCAAGGUCUUAUUGGUCAAGAAAAAAUGAGAGUGAGAUUGAUUAUUCCUUUGAUAAAGAAGGAAGUCUUUUCCCUAAUGUAGGGAAUCCAUAUGGAAAAGUAGAAGCAUUUUUAAUGGAUGAUAAAACAUGGGUGCAAGCACAUCGAUAUGUGCUUUUCAACUGUGAAUCUAAUGUGGUUGAAAAUUAUAAAAGGGAACACAUUAAUGACAUCAAGAGAUCAUAUCGUAAGCGUCGCCUUACACAACAUCAACUUGAUCGCUUGCAUUUUGAUUCAUUUCAUGAAUGGUUCAAAGAUCAAGUUAAUGAGUUAGAGUCUACAUUUGAUAUCUCAAAAGACCUAAAAGCCCUUGCACAAGGACCAAGCUACAUAGCAAGAAGAUUCAAAGCAUUUGAUGUAAAUAAUGGGUAUCGAUUUAGAACAAAAAAAUAUGAAGAGUUCAGGAAGACGCAAAAUAGUGGCGUCAUGGUUGUUUCUAAGACAGAAAGUUAUGCAAGUACAAGUGAUAAUGCUCCAAAGUCAGCAAAUGUAGUCUAUUAUGGAAGAUUGAGUGAUAUAAUAGAGUUAGAUUACUUUGAAGAAUUUAAGGUUGUCUUAUUUAAAUGUGAUUGGGUUGAUGUAACCCGAGGUAGAGGUCUUAAAGUAGAUGAAUGGGGUUUUACACUUGUGAACUUCUCUCACCUAAUACAUUCUGGAGAUCGUGAAAGUCAUGAACCUUUUGUAUUUGCAAACCAAGCCCAACAAGUGAUAUUUGUGCAAGAUCCUCAUGAUCAUCAUUGGUUUGUACCUAGGCUAAUGAAACCACGAGAUACUUUUGAUAUGGGAGAAGUACACAAGAUGCAAUUUUCGGCAUCAUUGCAAAAUGAUACUAUGAUGGUAGAAAAUAUUUGUCAAUCAGAAGAUGACCACAUUGAUUGGGUAAGAAAUGAUGUGGAUGGUGUAGAAAUUGAAAACUCUUCUUCUAGUGGAGAUGAAGCUGACAAUGAUGAAGGAAAUGAAAAUGAAUAUGGUAGUGAUUCCGAAUAACAGGACUUGUCUAAUCCUUUCCUUGCCAAGGCAAUCCAAGGUGAUGAUUUUUGUGAUGUGUGUUGAUUUGCUUUUAGGCUUGUUUGAUGUUGCUGGAGUGGAAUCUCACCAGAUGAGGACGGGUCAUGAUCCUGAUUUCUAUGAUGUGUGCUGCUUUGUUUUGCUUAAUUUUUGCCUCUGAACUUAUUGUUUCCCUUUGUAUCCUCCUUGUUUUUCUUGUAUGUUUCCUUUUUUUACCUAUCUCUGAGUAGGUUGUUCUCAGACUAGUCUUUUUAAAUAUAUUCUUCUCUUUUCGGGGAAAAAAAACUCAUGAGUUGUAUCACUUAGAUGUACUUGAUAUUUUAGUAAGGAUUUAAGACCUACAAUGGUUUAUUUGUAAAAAAAUUCAAUUAAAAUUUUAUUUCCAUAAAAAA